UCUAAAUUUGGUUGCAUUUCAGCCCUUUUCAUCAUCUUUCUUAAACAACAAUAACAAUGGAGGUUGUCAAGGCUUUGGUACAAGAAAGGGCAGUCGUUAUUUUCAGUAAGACUAGCUGCCCUGUAAGCCACUCAAUGAGACAGCUAAUAAGUGGAUUUGGCGCGAAUCCUACAGUUUAUGAACUUGAUCAAAUGCCUAAUGGACGCGACAUUGAGAAAGUUCUUCAGAUGAUGGGUCGCAAGCCAAGCGUACCAUCCAUCUUCAUAGGUGGAAAUUUCGUAGGUGGGGCUAAUGAUGUGAUCAGUCUUCAAGUGCAAGGCAGACUUGUACAGAUGCUCAUGGAUUCAGGUGCUAUUUGGGUCUGGAAUAGGACUUAACUAAUUGUUUCACGGGAUCAUCAUCAGCUGUUAAAAUGUAGGAUGAGCAAAUUAAGGUCCAAAUACUAUUUUUGUGAGGACAUAAA